GAUUUUACGCAAUUGAUAGAGUUCGCUAUCAAACUAAAGAUAUUUAAGAGAUUGAAUAAGUAUUUUAUGAAACUACAUUUUAUUAUUAUUUCUCAUCGACGCUGAAAACAUCAAAAUUACAUUCUUGGGACACAAAUACCACCAAAAAAUCGAAAAUCACUUGAACCUCAACGCAACAAAUCAUGCAACCAUUUCAUCUUACUGCCACUGGUUACAAUCUCAAUUAUCUCCCCGAAUACAUCGCCUUAAGACAUGGUUUCUUUCAAGAGCAAGGACUUGACGUCACUGUAAACAUACCAACGCCCUGGGAUGGUGUCCUUGACGCUCUCGCUGAUGGUACAGCCGACAUGGCUCUUGGUGGCAUCUGGGUACCAUCAAUGUACCGUGAUAGAGUUAAGAACUACACUGUAUUCGCACAGAUCGCGAAUCGAUGUCCUCUAGCGUUACUCAGGCGUGGCCAUGACGAAGGAUUCAAACUCUCUGACAUGAUUGGGAGUACGGUUCUGAUGAAAUCCGGAGGUGGAGCUAGCGUUGGUCUUUUCUUCAAGAUGCUAUUGCGCGAAAACAAUAUCGAUCAUAAUUCGCUAGACUAUAUUCAAGAUCUUGAUGGCAUAAUGCUGGGCAAUUUGUUUCAGGGUGGUAUGGGUGAUUAUUUCAUAACAGACAAUCUUUCGGCAAGAAUUAUGGUUGAACAAAACAAAAACAUCUCCAUCGCGAUGGAAAUGGUAUCUCAGGAAGAUGUUCCUUGGAGCGUAUAUUAUCGGGAGGCUGAUGGAAUCACACCAGAGGUUCUUGAUGCACAGAAGCGUUUCUGUAUUGGUCUAGCCAAAGGUAUUGAUUGGGUAUUGGAGCAUGAUGCAGAAACGUUCAAAGAUGAACUCGCUGAGCUUUUUCCUUCGGCGCCUAUCAAUUCUGUUGUUAGUGUAACGAACUCUUUUCGGGAAAAUGGCAUGUGGACAUCUACCGAAAUACCCCGUGAGGGAUAUAAGAGGUGGCAGAUUGGUCUUGCUGGUCACCGUUUGAUUAAGGAACCAUUUCCUUAUGAAGUUGUUGUUAACAAUGAACCAGCAUCUGCGGCGGAAAAAUUAAGGGCGAUAAAAUAGAAUUUAUAUACUUUUGAUCAUUCUUCGUUUAUAGGGUUAGGAAUUCUCGAAUGUUAUUCUGUGUAGCUAUUCGCAAACAAAAAAUUCGAGUCGAUCAACUAUCGUAGCCCCCGCUAAAAAAUAACUUUCCUUUCA